UGCAAACCGCCACUAACUCUAAAGAAGAAGAAUAAGCAGAAGGAAAAAGAAGUCCUGCAAAACUACUCUGUUCAGUUUUUGUAUGAACACCCAUGAACCGUUCCCAUCCCGGUGGAAUACGAGUUUAGGGAGUCCCAACAACAGCAGCAGAGUCCCUUUGUUGUGUUGAGAAAGUGUGGAUCUAUCCGAGCCUCUGUAUGUCUGGAUGAACCUGUCUGAAUGGACUUCGUUUUGUUUUACUUUUUUCUGAACGUGUUACCUCGGAUCUCAUCUUUCCGGUAACGUUAGGUUAGCUACAAAGCUAUCGAAGUUAGCGUUGCAUGCUAGCUGGUUAGCAGCACAGAGCUAGCGUGACUGUUUGGUGGAGAGCAAACUGUGUUUUUGACGGAGUUUGUGUAGAGAAAAAAAAUUUCUGUGAUUGUGUGAAGAUGUCUAAGGUCCAAAUGCUGAGAGAGUCGGUGAAGCAGCGACUAACCGCGGCUGCUGAAGAGAUAUUUGGGCUGUUUGAAAGAACGAUAGCAGAGUACGAGGAGGAACGGUGUCGGUCAAAAGAGGAGAACGAGCGACAACGGAAACUUCUGGACGCUGUUUUCACCCCUCAGCUUCGGUUACACAGGACAGAUGUCCAGCAGCUGUCGGUGAGGGAAGAAGAGGUUCCCCCUGAGCAGCGGGAGUGGAGCUCCAGUCUGGACCAGCAGCACCCAGAGCCCCCACACAUUAAAGAGGAACAGGAGGAACUCUGGAUCAGUCAGAAGAGACAGCAGCUUCAAGGGCUGGAGGAGGCUGAUAUCACCAAGUUCUCAUUCACUACUGUCCCUGUGAAGAGUGAAGAUGAUGAAAAGAAACCUCGGCGCGUGGUGGAGUUGCGGUGCGCUCUAGCCUAUGCCUCAGCCACGUCGGGUAAAUUGACGAAUUGGUUCAACAGCUUGAACUGUAUGGCCCUGCACACCUACACAGCGGUGAACGGUUGUCUGGAUGACACCAAAGGUCUCUGCCACAACCCUGUAUUCAAGUUAGUCUUUUGGUCUUAA